AAUGUGGAUGAAUGUGUGAAGUUAUCCUUCAACUUCUUAAAGACUAAGAAACUGAAACUGUAUCGGGACGAUUAAUAAAUUUUGAGAAAUUCUUUAUCCAAUCCGGUAACAAGGUCCCAUAGUCCAAACGGUUGGAAAUUAAAGAUCAAUUAGGAAUUACCACUUUGGAAGAUAUGGAUAACUAUUUGGGUAUACCAAAAAAAUUGAGAGGUUCUAAAACUCAAAUAUUCAGCUUUUUACAUGAAAGGAUAAAUAAUAAGAUUAAUAGCUAAAUACUCUGGUUUCUUUAGGAAAGAAGUAAUGAUAAAAUCAAUGGCAUCGGCAAUGCCAAAUCAUGUCAUAUUUCAGACUAUCAAAGAUGGUUAUGAAAAAACUAACAUGGGGGAUUGCUCACUUUUGCUGGAGUAGUAGCGAAAAUAAGAAAAAAAUUCAAUUGGUUCUUUUGGGAUAAAGUAUGCAAACACAAAGAAGAAUGAGGUUUAAAUUUUCGAGAUCUUCAAGAUUUUGAUUCAGCCUUAUUGACAAAGCAAUUAUGCGCUUAAUAGAUGAAUCUCCAGAUAAGUUUGGAUAUAGGCUAUGGAAUAUAUGAAGACUCUUAAUUUUUCAGAAUUAGUUUUUGCAACAGAUUAUUCUCAAUUGGUGAAUAUAACGUCAUCACUUAAAAAUUGUCAGAUCGGUUCUGUUUGGCUUCACUUUUUUGGAUCGGUUUAGCUUUUCGGGUUUAGUUUUUUUUCAUCCUAGGUUAGGUUGACCGAAAAAAAAAGAACAAAAAAGUUCUAAUAAAAAAAAGGUAAAGAGAUUGGAAACGCAAAGGUUUCCUUCAACUUCACGCCAUGGUGAAUCACUGAUCGGCAUUAGAGAAAAAAAAGGAGAAAGAGAUAACUCUUCUUCUUCAUCCCAUCACUAGAUCUCUCUCUCACCGUCUUUUCUCCGCAGCAGAGCUAUGGUUUCUCCCACCAAACUCAAAUCCGUUGAUUUCUACAGGAAAAUCCCGAGAGAUUUGACAGAGGCGUCUCUCUCUGGCGCUGGCUUAUCCAUCGUAGCUGCUCUCGUUAUGAUGCUUCUCUUUGGAAUGGAGCUGAGUAGUUAUUUGGAAGUCACCACUACAACAGCUGUCGUUGUUGACAAGAGCUCUGAUGGGGACUUCUUACGCAUUGAUUUCAACAUCAGCUUUCCUGCCCUUUCUUGUGAAUUUGCAUCCCUUGAUGUGAAUGACGUGUUAGGAACAAACAGGUUGAAUAUAACAAAAACAGUUCGCAAGUUUCCAAUUGAUCCACAUUUAAAGGCCACCGGCGGAGAGUUCCACUCUGGCCUUGCAUCACAUCACAUCAACCAUGGAGAAGAAAUUAAGCAAGAGUUUCCUGAUGGUGCAAUACAAUUAACAAAUGGUGGUUUUGAAUCAUUGUCACACCACUUUCCGUUAUUGAUUGUUAACUUUAAUGCACCAUGGUGCUACUGGAGUAAUCGUCUGAAACCGUCUUGGGAGAAAGCUGCUACCAUUAUAAAACAGAGAUAUAAUCCUGACACUGAUGGGCGUGUUCUUCUAGGAAGUGUUGAUUGCACAGAAGAACCUGCGCUAUGUAGGAGGAACCAUAUACAAGGCUAUCCAUCUAUUCGGAUUUUCCGCAAAGGCAAUGACCUUAAAGAAGACCAUGGACACCACGAACAUGAAUCUUACUAUGGAGAUCGGGACACAGAGAGUAUAGUUAAGAUGGUGGAUGAACUGGUAGCACCAAUCCACCCGGAGACGCACAAGCUAGCUUUGGAUUGGGGUAUAUCCAAUGACACAGCAAAACUUCUUAAAAAGGCACCAGUUACAGGAGGUUGUAGAGUUGAAGGUUAUGUGCGUGUAAAGAAGGUUCCAGGAAACCUCGUUAUCUCAGCUCAUUCAGGAGCUCACUCGUUCGAUUCUUCUCAAAUGAACAUGUCGCAUGUUGUCACCCAUCUUUCAUUUGGGAGGAUGAUUGAUACUAGGUUGUUGACCGAUUUGAAGCGCUUGUUGCCAUAUCUUGGCCAAAGCCAUGACAAGUUGGAUGAAAAAGCAUUCAUAAAUCAACACGAGUUUGGUGCCAAUGUUACUAUUGAACACUACCUACAAAUAGUUAAAACAGAGGUCAUUACAAGAAGAUACGGUCAAGAACAUUCAUUGACAGAGGAACAUGAGUACACCGCUCACAGCAGCAUAACUCAGACUUACUACUUACCCGUUGCAAAGUUUCACUUUGAGCUCUCUCCCAUGCAGAUUCUAAUAACUGAAAAUCCAAAGUCCUUCUCACACUUCAUCACAAAUCUUUGCGCCAUUAUUGGUGGUGUUUUCACGGUUGCAGGAAUUAUAGAUUCGGUUUUACACAAUACAAUAAGACUGAUUAAGAAGGUCGAACUUGGAAAAAACAUUUGAUUGGCUACUGGAGGUUAGAGUUUACCAUUAAUUCAUAAAACCAUAGAAGAA